GGGUGUAGCUUUCCCUACACGGAACGCGUCCCGUGCGGUUCCUGUCGCGGUCCUUGUGGGACUCACUCCCCGCGCAGCCUAGCUAGCUGGCCGGCCAAACAAGCCUGAAGAGGCGUGUGGUGCCCAGGCGGAGUGCUUGUAGACCGGGAGACGGAGUGCGACCUCACCCGGAGAGGACAACAUGCCUGCGGUCUCGAAAGGGGACGGAAUGCGCGGCCUGGCCGUGUUCAUUUCCGACAUCAGGAACUGCAAAAGUAAAGAGGCAGAAAUUAAGAGGGUCAACAAAGAACUGGCCAACAUCCGCUCCAAGUUCAAAGGUGACAAGGCUCUGGAUGGCUACAGUAAGAAGAAGUACGUCUGCAAGCUGCUCUUCAUCUUUCUUCUGGGCCACGAUAUCGACUUUGGGCACAUGGAGGCCGUCAACCUUCUCAGCUCCAACAAAUACACGGAGAAACAAAUUGGUUACUUGUUCAUCUCCGUGCUGGUGAACUCCAACAGCGACCUCAUCCGUCUCAUCAACAACGCCAUCAAGAACGACCUGGUCAGCCGCAACCCUACCUUCACGAAUCUCGCCCUGCAUUGCAUCGCCAACGUGGGCAGCAGAGAAAUGGCCGAGGCCUUCGCUUCCGAAAUCCCUCGCAUCUUAGUGGCGGGGGACACCAUGGACAGCGUCAAGCAGAGUGCGGCACUCUGUCUCCUCCGUCUCAACAGGACGUCACCUGACCUGGUGCCCAUGGGCGAGUGGACGUCCCGAGUGGUGCAUCUGCUGAAUGACCAGCACCUGGGCGUGGUCACGGCAGCCACCAGCCUCAUCACCACGCUGGCCCAGAAGAGUCCUGAUGACUUCAAAACCUCCGUGUCGCUGGCCGUGGCCCGACUCAGCAGGAUUGUUACGUCAGCAUCCAUUGACCUUCAGGACUACACAUACUACUUUGUUGCAGCACCUUGGCUCUCCGUCAAACUACUACGACUACUGCAGUGCUACCCUCCACCUGAGGACGGGGCGCUGCGGAGUCGUUUGACGGAAUGCCUGGAGACCAUCCUGAACAAAGCCCAGGAGCCACCCAAGUCCAAGAAGGUCCAACACUCCAACGCGAAGAACGCGGUUCUGUUUGAAGCCAUUUCACUCAUCAUCCACCAUGACAGUGAGCCCACCCUGCUGGUGCGAGCGUGCAACCAGCUGGGCCAGUUCCUGCAGCACAGGGAGACCAACCUGCGGUACUUGGCCCUGGAGAGCAUGUGCAUGCUGGCCAGCUCUGAGUUUUCCCACGAGGCUGUGAAGACGCACAUGGAAACUGUCAUUAAUGCUCUGAAGACCGAGCGAGAUGUGAGCGUCCGUCAGCGGGCGGUGGACCUUCUCUACGCCAUGUGCGACCGCAGCAAUGCUAAGCAGAUUGUGGCGGAGAUGCUGAGCUACCUGGAGACCGCCGACUACUCCAUCAGAGAGGAGAUUGUGCUGAAGGUGGCCAUCCUGGCGGAGAAGUAUGCCGUGGACUACACCUGGUACGUAGACACCAUCCUCAACCUCAUCCGCAUCGCAGGAGACUACGUCAGCGAGGAGGUGUGGUACCGCGUCAUCCAGAUCGUCAUCAACCGAGACGACGUGCAAGGCUAUGCCGCCAAGACUGUGUUUGAGGCCCUUCAAAGACCGGCCUGCCACGAGAACCUGGUCAAAGUGGGCGGGUACAUCCUGGGAGAGUUUGGGAACCUGAUUGCCGGCGACCCGCGCUCCAGCCCCCUGGUCCAGUUCAACCUCCUGCACUCCAAGUUUCACCUGUGCUCGGUGCCCACGCGGGCACUGCUGCUGUCCGCCUACAUCAAGUUCAUCAACCUGUUCCCGGAGGUGAAGACCACCAUCCAGGACGUGCUGCGCUCAGAUAGCCAGCUCCGUAACGCCGACGUGGAGCUCCAGCAGAGAGCCGUGGAGUACCUGAGGCUCAGCUGCAUCGCCACCACUGACAUCCUGGCCACCGUCUUGGAGGAGAUGCCUCCGUUCCCCGAGAGAGAGUCGUCCAUCCUGGCCAAGCUGAAGAGGAAGAAGGGGCCGGGAAACCUGCCCGACAUCGACGACACUCGCCGCAACAUGAACGGCAACGCGGAGCACAGCGUCACCGGAGACGGCGCCAACACGUCUUCUCCUCCAAUGAUGACGGUGCUUCCCGCCAACAGGCCCCGCCCGGCCCCUUCCUGUGCUGCCACGAUGAACUCCACCCACCCCUUCAAUGACUUGCUGAACCUAAACUCCGCCCCCGAUGCCGGUUCCAGUCUGCUGGUGGACGUCUUCUCCGACGUCACGCCUGCCCCCGCCGCCUCUGUCGCUGCCACCGUGUCUGAGGAAAGCUUUGACAAGUUUGUGUGUAAGAACAAUGGUGUUCUCUUUGAGAAUCAACUUCUGCAGAUCGGCCUCAAGUGCGAGUAUCGGCAGAACCUGGGUCGCAUGUACGUGUUCUUUGGCAACAAGACGUCCAGUCAGUUCCUCAGCUUCUCCUCGACCGUACGCAGCGAGGACACGCUCAACACACAGCUGAACGUCCACGCCAAGAUGGUUGACCCGGUCAUAGAGGGCGGGGCCCAGGUUCAGCAGAUCCUCAACAUCGAGUGCGUGUCUGACUUCAGUGAUGCCCCCGUGCUCGACAUCCAGUUCAGGUACGGCGGCGCCCUGCAGAACAUCUCCAUCAAACUCCCCGUCAUGCUCAACAAGUUCUUCCAGCCCACUGAGAUGACGUCAGAUGACUUCUUCCAGCGCUGGAAGCAGCUUGGCCUGCCCCAGCAGGAAGUCCAGAAGAUUUUCAAAGCUAAACACCCGAUGGACAUCGAGGUCACCAAAGCCAAGAUUCUAGGUUUCGGUGUGGCUCUGCUGGAGGGUGUUGAUCCAAACCCUGCUAACUUUGUUGGUGCUGGAGUGGUCCACAGUAAAAGUUCUCAGGUGGGAUGUCUUCUCAGGCUGGAGCCCAACAAACAAGCGCAGGUAUGGACACACACACACACACACACACACAGAGAAGAGUGUAAAGUAAUGUGGUGUUUGUCCCAUCAGAUGUAUCGUCUCACGCUGAGGACCAGCAGGGACUCUGUGUCCCAGAGACUUUGUGAUCUGCUCUCAGAUCAGUUCUAGAAGCUUCUUCUCAGUUUUUUUGUACAGUGUAAAGUCUUUUUACCAUUGAAAUGAAAAGUACUUUUGGCACAUAGCUUUACUGCCUUUGACAGCGGCGCCACUGCUCCACCAGGAGGUCGACCCACGUGAUUUUUCCUCAUCCCGUCACCCUUUUUUGCACUUUUUAACGCGAGUAUGGCAUCACGCUGGAGAACCGCUAAGCUCUUGGACACGUUACACGCACACUUUGUACUGCAGAUCACUAGAGUGCCUUUGUCUCAAGUCAAACACUAGCACACGUUUCACUACGUCUACCUGAAACACACACACACUUCUUAGGGGUGCACAAUAUCAGUCUGAUACCGGGCAUACCCAUAAAUCCAAUAACUUUAACACCAGUCCAGGGUGCACCCCGCCUCUCGCCUAAAGACAGCUGGGAUAGGCUCCAGCACCCCCGCAACCCUUGUGAGGAUAAGCGGUAGAAAAUUAAUGUAUUGUGCACCUCUAAUAUUUCUAUUUUUACUGCCUUCACGUUCACUUGCUCCUUAAAUGCACCUCACUGCCUUAAGAGGUAUUUUUCCAACUGUUUGCAAAUAAAAAUCUAUCAGGUC